AUGUCGGUCCCUGGGCCACUUCCCAUCUUGCAUUCAUCCUCCAGCUCCCUCGACUACUGCGAGUCAGACUCAGACUACUCCUAUUCUGUAGAGUCUCUAGAGUUAACCGGCCUGAGUGCCAACCAUCGUGCAUUUCUAGAUGAAUACGAAUCCGACAUUGACGGUUAUUAUUGUACUGAAGAAGAUUCGGUGCUUUCCCCCGUCCACGCGCCAGUCACAAUGUCUGAUCUUGACGUCGAGGACACAAGCGCUGCUCCUCUGAUUGAUUACGAUGAUAGUUAUCUCUUCCCCCCUUCGAGCGAAAAUGGCCAACGCGACAACAAUCAAACCCUGAUGGAGGAGAAUGAAAUGCGCCGCAAGCUGUCAGAGAUAGAAUCUAGCUUCAUGCCCGAACCGCCUUCCACCAUUAACGUCGCCACAGAUGGUGCUGGUGCCGAUGACACCUACCUUGUCGGCGUUGGUGAUGCCGACCCCGCCCAACAGACAGACUCUUCUCAGCUGUCUUUCAUUCAGCCCAUCACCGAAUCAAUCCGUUCUCGUAGCACCUUCGUUGCCGAUGCCAGCGAAAGCGUCCGUGUUGACUCCAACCCAUCUAUGCGCGCAGAUAACGACACCACUAUUGAUUCAACAGCUUCGUCGCCCCUCGCAGCGUCAGCAAUCUUUCGCGACACCCACCGCAAUCAAUCUAGUACGUCUGAAAGUGGCAAGGAUCAUAGUAAGAUCUUCCACAGUCGCGAACUUUCCGAGCUGUCCCAGGCCGAUGAAUCACAACUCAUGCCAUCUGAACUACGAAAAUCAUCCCGUAGUUUGUCGCCUCGGCUUUUCGGCGAACAAAGCUUCGGUACCAGUGACGGGCGACCUAAAUUCCUUACCACGCGCAGCGAUGCUACUCUUGGUGCGGACUUUACGCUCCAAUCGGGUGUAUCAGACCAAUGGGACACCUAUCAGCCCACAAAGCGCGCCCAAGUUGCACGAACAAUUAGCUUAGGAAGUAUGGCAUCAGGCGUCUCAGGUUAUAGCGAGGACGUCAUGAUGGAGAGACGAACUAUUGUCGGCCAGAUGGACGGAGGACUGCAGCCAUUGAAAGAAGAAGGAUCGCCACAGCAGCAGCAACCAGAGCACGAGGACCCUCCAACCCCUCAAACUCCAAAGGCCAAGCCCAAGGAAGUUGAUAAUCAAAGCAAUACAGUCGCCGCAGACCGAGUGAAGGGUAUGGCUUCCACUAGCUAUCGCAAAUCAGGGCAAUCUCCAGAGAAGCGAUCGGGGGUUGUAACCCCAGCAUUCGCAAAAAGUGGCCGUAGUAUGACACUAAAGGAACAGAGCAGCAGCAUUGAUCGGUUUGCGAAGGAAAACUUCGACCUGAAGAUGCGUGUUCACUUCCUCAAUGAGGCCUUGUCUAAACGCUCCGAUCACAAUGUGACAGAAAUGAUUUCAGAAAAUAUUGAGCUCCAGUCAGCUAAGCUUUCGUUGCAAAAGGAAAAUCAACUCCUGAAACGUACAAUCCGUGACCUGGAGAAGCAAGUGCGCCAGAACAAAUCCGACAAGGGCUCGAUGCUGAACCACGAUCCCGAGGCAUCGGAUGAUGCGGACCGAGUCUCGGUCCAAGAAGGAGAGAUCAUUUAUUUGCGAGAACGAAUUGAAAGCUACGAGCUUGAGAUUGAGCGAAUGAGAUCGGAAAGCAUCACCAAAGAAAGCGAGAAGAGACGCCUAGCGGAAAUGGUCAGUUCGCUAACCAAAAAUCGAGCCACUGGAUCUGAGAGAGAGGAACGAGACAUGUGGAAGGACAUGCUAGACGGCGAGACAGCAGCCCGCGAGCAAGCCGAGGACGAAAACCGUAGGCUACGAGACGAGGCAAUCCGUCUUCGAAGUGAACUGCUCAUGUCCAGUGGCCAACAGAGGUCAGGACGUGAGCGUGGCUCGACAAUCUCGCAUGAAAGAGAUGGCCGUCAAUCAAUGAGCUCCUUUGACAAGAAAGCCUUUGUCGAACUUGACCUUUUGAAGCAAGAGAAUGCUGAACUAAGGAAGGAGGUCAGCGCACAGACUUCGAUGCUCACUUCUCGUAACCGCGAAAAGGAACGUCUUUACCAGGAGAUCGAAGAACUGAAGCUUGUCCACGGACGCCAUGGCAGUCGAUCAGUGGCGGGAGACAGCAUUCUUGACCGGUCUGCAUCUCGCGCUCAAGGGCGUCGAGGCAGCAAUGAAACCAGCGCAUCACGCAGCGACGAGGAGCGUGAUGAGUUGGAAGAAAUAAAUGGAAAACUUCGUGAUCAAUUGUCAUCUUUGAGACUCGAAAACCAAAGCUUCCAAACUCAACUCAGUGAAGCUGUUUCGGAAUUAGAGACUCUUGAUGAGGCUUACCAACGUGAUGUCGACCAGGCCAAUGAGGACUUAAAGAACCUGAAUCGUGAUCUUGAAGAAACCCUAAAAGAGCGUGACCAACUUCUAGAGGAGCGUGAUCAACUUGUUCAAGAUCGUGAGAACCUUGAGAUGUUGAACGACAAGCUCGUUGAAGAACGCGACACAGCGGUUGAAGUCGCCGAAGAUACCGCCACUAAUUUUAAGAACCUUCGUGAGGAGGCGCAGGACGAGUUGGAUGCUUUGGACAAUGUGCUUGAAGGAAAGCUAGACGAAAUUAAGUGUCUAAAUGAGAAGCUGGCUUCCCAGGAGGAGAGUCUAAAGGUCCUGAAAGCAGAAAUGCGUUCGGCCACGGAGGGGAUCCUGCACCUCGAAGAGGAUUCUGUGAAGAACUUGGAGCGAUAUAAGUCGGUGCAGCGAGACCUCGAAGACACCGUUGAGGAAAUGGAAUCCUUGGAAAAGAGUCUCUUCGAGGCCAACGCCACGGUACAACGGUUGACUGUACAGCUUGAGUCUGGGCAGAACGAGAUUGCGUUCCUUCGAGAAGACCAAGAGGGCGACAAGAUUCGCAUCGGAGACUUAGAAUCUGAGUUGAAGGUGUGCGAGGUCGGCCUCCGCAGUGAGAGGGAAAAGACCAGAGAGCUCGAGAAGCGCCUGGCAGAUGAGCGCCACCAACGUGAAGUCGUGGGUGGUAAGGAGAAGCAAGAGGUUCAGCGCAUGAUGAACGAUCUGAAUCGUGAGGCUUCAUCAGCGAAGGAGGAUGUCCGACGAUUGAAGAAGAGCCUGCAGGCUCAAGAGAUUGAGACUUCCACCUGGCGUGAGCGACUGAUGGAUCUCGAGAACAGUCUCCGAGAGACUCUGGGCGAUCUCAGCGGCAGCCGGAUUAGUCUUAUAUCCAACGUCACGAAGCUCCAAAAAGAGCUCGAGACCACGGCUCUUGAAUUGGAGACUAUGCGCUCCCAGUUCAAUGACAAGGAGUCAUUACUUAAAACCCGUGAUGCUCUUCUUGAAUCCUCGGCUCUCGAAGUUCGCAAGCUCACUGAGUACCUGGACCGCGAGCGACAAGCCCGUCGGGCAGAUAAGGUGUCAUUCGAACAAUCACUCAAAUCGCACCAGCAGGCAUCCCGCACGCUCACCCAAAACUCCUCUCGGAUUACAGAGCUGGAAAAUGCUCGCAACCAGGACCGCAAGAAGUUCAACUCAGCUAAGCAGCAGCUAGAAGAUCAACUAGCGGAGCGUAACGGGAUGUUCCUCAAGAUAUGGAAACAACUGGCGUUGAUAUGCGGUGCUGAAUGGUCUCAUAACAACAGUCUGAUCAAUGGCAACCUUCCCAGUCAGGAGGUCAUUGGCAAUGUUCUGUUCUGGCCAGGGUUUGGCCGCAACCUAAUGCUUGCUGUCAAGACCAUUGAAAAUGUGAUCGCCGAGUUCAAGGGCCGAAUCAAAAGUGUGGACCAUUCGCUAUCGAAGCAGUAUAACCAACUUGAGAAAGCGUAUAGCAAUCGUGUACGGAGACUUGAGAUUAUCGAGGAGGCUGUCAAAAAACUACGUGCUGAGCAGACUCAAUUGGUGAGAUUGAAAGUGGAGAAUAAUAACCUCAGAGAGGAGUCUCGAAAGAGCAAGGCCAGUGACUCGCUUGGUGAUAGGCCUGGCUCUUCUUCUGCGGCUUCCGCAACCGUCCUAGCCUUAGGCUCACGGUCCCCAUCCUUUAGCUCAGCAGCUGAAGAACGAGGGCUCACAAGGGCUAACUCGUCUAGCGGCAGCGAAAACCGUACCGAGAGGCAGCUCGCCCUCAAUUCAUCUUCGUCUCUACAGGUGUCACCACAGACGUCUGCAGCAUGGGCGUAUCGAAUACAGUAUUUGGAAAAGCUGCUGAAAUCUGAGCGCGCCCAAAAUAUCAAGGACCGUCAUGGAAUGCGACAGAAACUCAAGGAGCGCGAUUCUGCAAUUGAGAGACUCGAAGGUGAACUUGGCCGAGAGCGCGUACGGUCAUCAUUGGAAGAAGUCAAGACCCGACGUUUGCCUAACUCUGAGCGACAAAGUUCAAGUGAAGGAGAGGGUGGUAUCACUGUGGAUAUUGAGGUGUGA